CCAAGAUGGCGGCGCCCAUGUCCUAGGAAAUAGUGCAUGUUCAAGAAUGGCGGUGGAUAUCAGGUUGCCGGUGGCCCGAAAACGUGUGACUGAGGCGGUGACAGCAGAUACCACCGGCCACCUAGUGGCCCCGGGGGACACCAUCACCGCAGACUCCAGCUUCAUGAGAGGUCAUGGAACCUACAUGGAAGAUGACAAGCUGUUGGCUUCAGUGGCUGGUGUGGUGGAGAGAGUCAACAAACUCAUCUGCGUCAGAGCUUUAAAGACACGGUAUAAUGGGGAAGUUGGCGAUAUUGUUGUUGGAAGAGUUACGGAGGUUCAGCAGAAGCGAUGGAAAGUGGAUACCAAUGCACGCCUGGACUCUGUGUUGCUGCUUUCAUCUGUGAACUUGCCCGGUGGGGAACUGAGGAGAAGGUCAGCAGAGGACGAGUUGGCAAUGAGGAGCUACCUGCAGGAAGGAGACUUGAUUAGUGCUGAGGUCCAGGCAGUGUACUCAGAUGGCGCACUUUCCUUGCACACUCGCAGCCUCAAGUAUGGCAAGCUUGGACAAGGCGUUCUGGUUAAAGUAUCCCCUUCGCUGGUAAAGAGAAGGAAGACUCACUUUCACACUCUUCCCUGUGGAGCCUCCAUCAUUCUGGGAAACAAUGGCUUCAUCUGGCUGUCCCCCACGCCAGAGGUGACCGAGGAAGAAGCGGGGGGAUUUGUCACCAAUCUGGAGCCUGUAUCAUUAUCUGAUCGUGAAGUGAUUUCACGGCUGAGAAAUUGCAUCCUGGCUCUAGCUGCUCAGAAGAUGUUAAUGUACGACACCAGUGUCCUGUACUGCUAUGAAGCAUCUCUAGCGCACCAGAUUAAAGAUCUCCUGAAGACAGAGGUUAUUGAAGAUAUAGUGAUGGAGACCAGGCAGCGUCUUGCGGAGCAGGAAGGAUAAUCCAGGUUUCUCAGAGUCUCUGCACCAGAACAAGCUGCUGG